ACAGCGCAUCCGCUUGCCUCCCCAUUGACGUCACUUUGGUAUCACAUGAACGAGAAGGGACCAAUCCAAGCGGCUAUAUCGAAGUGCUUGGGUUCUUUUACGAAGAUAGAGGAAAAGACAGAAAAAAGGAACCGUGCCAAUGAACAUUUAAAGACCAAACUCACGAAGAAACACGUCGCAUUUGGAUUAGUUGUUUUCUGUAUCAAAGCUACGUGAUUUGUAUGAAUUCAUACCAUGGAUUAUGUUAUUUGAACUGGGGCUGGCAGAAUGACUAUGGCCAUGGCCCGAACGUAUUGAAUAGCUCGUUGGGGAGCGAAACCAGGACAGGAUAUACAUUACCGUGGGCAUUGUAUGAAUAGGAUUAUUUAUCUAACCAAUUAACCUACUGUUCCUUUUACUUCUUGAUUUUGAAAUACCCCAAUUUAAGACCCUUUCAUGGCUUUUCUAUCUGUGUCUCCGCCGUGUCAUUUUUUUGUCCGCAACAUUAUUUUAACAAUUGAGGUAGCAUCGCGGUAGUUUCGCACCCAAGCCUUACAAUUCAACCCCCACUGGCUUUCAUUUUUAUAUAUUUUAGAAAACGACCUAAAGGUAGGCUAAAUAGAUUACCUCUUUUUUUGUGUGCAAAUUGUUAAAUAUGGAUUUUAACAGUAGCGGUGGGGGUAACGAGCUUCACAAUAACCAAUUCUAUCAAUCGGAGGAGAACAAGCCUUUGCUGGGGGAGAUGUCUGCUCCGACGCCGCCGGAGGGGAAUAACAACAAUAAGUUAGGUGCUGGGCCGUGCAAGAGAACCCUGCUCCAUUGCAGCAGUGGGAUGCGAUAUAAACUACUACAGGAGGGGGACAUCCAGGUUUGUGUCGUCAAACACCCUCGGACCUUCCUCAGCAAAAUCCUAACAUCAAAAUUCUUACGGCGAUGGGAACCGCACCACCUCACCUUGACAGACAGCAGCCUGGCGUCAGCGACGCCCACCGGCUACAUGGAGGGCGCCCUGUCCUACAGCACCAUCGAGGACCUGCAGCUGCUGUCCUGGGACAACGCCCCCAAAUAUUGUGUGCAGCUCAGCUUCCCAGGGGGCACUGUCCUCCUGCAGGCGGCCAACAGCUAUCUGCGGGACCAGUGGUUUCAUUCUCUACAGUGGAAGAAAAAAAUCUAUAAGUACCGCAAGGUUCUGAACCACCCAAGUCGUUGGGAGGUGGUUCUGAAGGAGAUCAGGUCACUGGUGGACAUGGCCCUGACCUCACCACUGCAGGACGAGUCCAUCCAUCAGGCCCCACUACAAAUCAUCUCCACUCUCCUGGCCGAGAACACCAACCUCAGCGCCCAAGACCACGAGAACAUCAUUGUGGCCAUCGCUCCUCUCCUGGAGAACAACCACCCACCCCCAGACCUGUGUGAGUUCUUCUGCAAGCACUGUCGGGAGCGUCCGCGGUCCAUGGUGGUGAUUGAAGUGUUCACCCCUGUGGUACAGAGGAUUCUCAAACACAACAUGGACUUUGGGAAGUGCCCCAGGCUGCGUCUCUUCACUCAGGAGUACAUCUUGGCUUUAAAUGAGCUCAAUGCCGGGAUGGAGGUCGUCAAGAAAUUCAUUCACAGCAUGCAUGGUCCUACCGGGCAGUGCCCUCACCCUCGCGUCCUGCCUAACCUAGUGGCUGUGUGCCUGGCUGCCAUCUAUUCCUGCUAUGAAGAGUUCAUUAACAGCCGCGACAACUCCCCCAGCCUGAAGGAGAUCAGAAACGGUUGCCAGCAGCAGAACGAGCGCAAACCCCCCCUCCCACUGCGGUUACUCCGCCCGGAGCCUCCCACGCCCCCACCCACGGCCCUGCUGGGCCUCACUCCUCCUUCCUCCGUUCCCCUUUCUCCUCCCCCUGCCCUGCCUCUCUCCCCGCCCCCCUCCAUCGUCAACUCCAGCGAGAUCCUGGUGGAGUUGGAGCGCAACAACAACACAGCCAACGCCAGGCGAAAAGGUCCAGCUGGGGGCGACAGCGAGCCCAACCUGAUUGACUGUCUGCUGGUCAGCCCCGCCCUGAAUGCCCUGUCAAUCCAGCUGCCCGCCCAAGCCGACCGUGUGCUGGGGUGCUUCGCACUCAUUCUCAAAAUGCUGUCCGACUAUGAUGACUGGAGACCUGCCCUGGCCAGCCUGCUACAGCCUAUCCCCUUCCCUAAAGAGGCUCUUGCACACGCCAAAUUCACAAAAGAGCUGAAAUAUGUCAUUCAGCGGUUUGCAGAGGACCCCAGACAGGAGGUCCAUUCCUGUCUGCUCAGUGUGCGCUCUGGUAAGGAUGGUUGGUUCCAGCUCUACAGUCCAGGGGGCGUGGCCUGUGAUGAUGACGGGGAGCUGUUUGCCAGCAUGGUCCACAUCCUAAUGGGUUCCUGCUACAAAACCAAGAAAUUUCUCCUGUCCCUGGCUGAAAACAAGCUAGGACCCUGUAUGCUCCUGGCCCUACGUGGGAACCAGACCAUGGUUGAGAUCUUGUGCCUGAUGCUGGAGUACAACAUUAUCGAGAACAAGGACACCCAGCUGCAGAUCAUCUCCACCCUUGAGAGCACCCAGGUGGGGCUACGUAUGUACGAGCAGCUGUGUGACAGGCAGAGGGAGCUCAAAGAGCUGCAAAGAAAAGGAGGCCCCACCCGACUCACUCUCCCCUCCAAGUCUACGGAUGCCGACCUUGCCAGGCUGUUGAGCUCUGGGUCCUUUGGGAACCUGGAGAACCUCAGCCUUGCCUUCACCAACGUCACCAGUGCCUGUGCUGAACAGCUCAUAAAGCUGCCCUCCCUGAAACAGCUCAACUUGUGGUCCACCCAGUUUGGAGACGCGGGACUGCGGUUGCUGUCGGAACACUUGGCGUGUCUGCAGGUGUUGAAUCUCUGUGAGACGCCUGUGACUGACGCUGGCCUGCUGUCUCUCAGCUCCAUGAAGAGCCUGUGCAGUUUGAACAUGAACAGCACCAAGCUCACCGUGGACACAUAUGAGGAUUUGAAGGCCAAACUCCCCAAUCUGAAAGAGGUGGAUGUCCGCUACACAGAAGCCUGGUGAACCAACACAACCUGUAUGACAUCGUUAGAAUGCCAACUCUCACGUCAUCCAAACACGAGGAUUACCUGAUUACCAUCAGAACACCUAGUCUCUCACAUCGUCAAAAACACGAGUAUCAUCUAGACUAGGACCCGUUCCAUCUGGAGAUGACAUCAAAAUGCAGGGACCCUCUCAUCAGUAAUAUGUCGAGCGAGAAAAACGAUCUUUUUAGUGACCUAACAGUAAGGAUCUGUUCUUUCUUGUGAUAUCAAAAUACAAGGACCUCCUUUUUAGCGACGUAAUCGAAGUACAAGGACCCUCUUUCUUGUGAAAUAAGGGACCCUCUCUUUUUGUCCUCAUAUGUGCUUGCUCAUUCAGUCCCUUUCCAUAUCCUGUUUGUCCUCAGUAGGCUUCUCAUAGAUUUCCUGUGUUGUGUCAUAUUGUACACAGAACAAAUGAAACGAACUGACGAUCUUGCCCCCUUCUCCCUCUCCCUGAGGACCUUGGUGUUGCAAUGCACUCUUCCCCAUUUAUUGGAAGCUCUUUUACCCUUGUCUGAUGAAGGCUGGAUAACCAGGUCACAUUCCAGUAAACUUUUGAUAUCGCCUCUAGUCAAUCCAAAUGUAGCUCUAAAAGAUGUGUUCAAUUGUCAUUUUGGUCUUGUUUUUUUGGGGGUUUGGGUUCUUUCAGGUUCACAUUCUGCCCUUUUCAGUCCUUCAUUGGGAAUGAGGUACUACCUCAAACAGAAGAAAGGUUGCAAGACUGUGCCUAAUUCCUCGUAUGACGUGUUCACUCGCAAUCAGUUUUUAUCAACUUGAAUGAACAUAUUUUUCCAGACAUCUCUGCUUUGGUUUAUUACGUGUUUCCUGUUGACAUUUUAAAAGCAGACAUUUCAGGAACUCUGUGGUUGUAACAAAAGGACAAGGCAAACAGAUUCCCGGUGUAGUGUACAUAGCUUCCAUAUUUAACAGAAUGGUUGUGUAGUAGGUGGUCUGGGACUGCCUCAAUUUACAUAUCUCUCCUUCUGCCACCCUGUGUUUUGUCAUUUGUUGAUAUACUUGUUUCCACUUUCUAGGCCAAGGGCCUCCUGCAGUUGAAUUUUGAUUUGUAGUCCAUUCUGUGGCUUCAACCGAAGCCCUGUAUGCACUUUGCAUCCACGCACUCAAUGUUGCUUUCUUGGCAAGGUGGGACAUGUUUUUAUAAAGUAAUACGGGACACAUUUCGUAGGAAGUAGACACACAGUUCAUGGACAUAUUUAAUGGGAGAUUCUUUGGUCAUAGAUGUCAGCAGUGACCGGUUUUGAAGAAGCGACAGGCUGGAGUAACCAAUGAUCCUGUUAGAAAUGUGUGCGUUAUUUCCUGAAAGACUAGAAUAAGACCUGUUCUAAAUUUGGAGUGAGGUUGGUCGUUUGGUAAUGUUGUAGGCAGUAUUGCUGUUUGCCAAACAAGGUUGUUUCUGUUUAAUAUGCUAUUUUCAAGCAUUCAAUACUUCACAACAGGAAAACUAUUGCAUCAAACAUCUGUACUGUUUUAAACAGUUACAUUUAAUAACGUGGACUCCAGUGUGCUAAGCAGUGUUUCACGGAUUUACAUUUUUGUCUUCAUAAUCGCCCAUAGACAGAGGGGGUUUUGGAGUUCUUUUGUAGUAUGCUCCACUAUGUUGUAGCUGGCUUAAAAUCAAACACUUUUAUCAAUCUCCAUUUGAAAUCUGAACAUAUUCUGUUUACAUGGUAUACUAUGGAUAAGUCCACUUAACAUUUUGAAAGGUUUUGCUGUGCUGAUGCAGAGGAAUGAGAUGUGAUGUUACCGAAUUCUGGUAUGUGGUCACUGUCCACACCCAGCGGAAGACUGUCCUCAGUGACGUCCUCUGUCUGGAAGACUGUCCUCAGUGACGUCCUCUGUCUGGAAGACUGUCCUCAGUGACGUCCUCUGUCUGGAAGACUGUCCUCAGUGACGUCCUCUGUCUGGAAGACUGUCCUCAGUGACGUCCUCUGUCUGGAAGACUGUCCUCUGUCUCUUCCGCUGUAGGUGGCUUUAAUCCAUCUGUCUCUACUCUGUACCCCCAGGGGGUGUCUCCUAUACAAUCACACCAUUAUUCUGUCUGCCCUGGUUCCCUCCACUUGAGCCCCCCCAAGUUCAAGGCUGUUUAUUUUGAGUGUCAUGAUGGUUACUUGCACUACAUGUUGUCGUGUAUGGCCAUUUUUGGUCUAGCUUAGGACCUCAUGAUGUCACAUCCUGUAUAAUGUAUAUACAAGUGUAUAUAAUGUUGUGUCCCUUCGCCUGUCCCCUCAGCUCUGAUCCCCUUCGUCUCCCGGUUAGGGAGGCUGUCGUUGCCUUCGUCUUCAGGACGUGUGCAUGUGGUUAUGACUUUUUAUUUUCCCACAAAGUGCACUGUAAUCUUUAUUUUUAUUUUCAUGGUUAUUAUGUUAUGGUUUAUCUUUUUAUUUCUACUGUUCGUUUGAGUUGAUCACUUUAAUCAAGAGUUUGUCGCCUGUUUAUUUUUGCAUGUACACGUUGCAUCAGCUGAUGUUAUUUUUGUAACAUUUAUUAUUAUUAUAUAUAUAUAUUUUUUUUUUAUUUGAAAAGGGUCCGAUCACUAGCUCUAACGUCACCCUACGCCCUUUGUCCACGGCUUACCAGAACGUUCUGAUCGGAGCACAAUCUCAAGCGGUGUCUCUACAUGUCACACAGCAGCGACUGAAUCACCUGUUGUAUUGCUGGAACACAUUAGCUAGUGCACAAAAUACUGUGGAUGGAUAUGAACACGGCGUGUCUGCCCGUGAGUUGACCGGCCACUGCACCAUGCGUGCACUGGCCAGAUACUAUGUGACUGUGCUGAGAUUCAAGUCUGGAAUUUUCUUUUUUCGGUAACUGUUGAUAUAAUCUACUCCUGGACCAUUUCUAUUGAUGUGUGGGAAGGGGGUGGGUGGGGGGGGUGUGACCUGAGGAGUUUUUUUGUAGCCCUGAUGUUCCUCUAGUUUUUAACAUUUUAAAUGUAUAUCUGCAGCUGGCUAAAGAGGGAGACCUUGAUGGUGGGAAUGUGGAAGGCUUUAUUACUGUAGAGGAAACUAUGUGAUUGUUAUAAAAAAAAAAAAGAAAAAAGACUCAUCCAUUUGUUAUCUCUAUCCUGUGGAGCUCAUUGUGCUUUGCUUGGGUUUCUGUCUCGAACUCCCUGUUUCAUUUGUCUCUACCGAGAGGUGAUAUUACAACCUGGUUAUUUUUCUUUUUUUAUUUGUGAAGAUUUCUAUCAUUUGAAUUGUGACUGCGGCUCGAGUCUUAAUGUGGUGGACAGCGGGGUGUCUGCUGAUGCCCCCCCUCCACCCACCGGCACAGUCAUGGACAUAAACUAGAUUUCCCAUAAUUCCUGUAAUUUUUUUUGUAGCUUGAAAAAGCUGGCCUCAUUUCCUUUGUCUGCAUUAUCUGCUUCUCCAGCUGGGUUACUGCUGCUCUGUGGCUGUUCUAAUAAAAAUACAAGACCUUCUACAGGAAAAUAAGAACUAUGAUGUGAAAUAAUUUCAAUCAAAAUAAACUGUCUGUGAAUAUGUUUGAAA